CAGCUGAGCAUUUUUUUGAGGUUAUUAUUAUUGAUAAACAUUUGUUUGUUUGUAAAAUAAAGUGGUGUUAAUGUAAUUUGGUUUUAUAAACAAUGUUCUCAAGUACAAGAACCUGUUUGUGCUCCAUUGGGAAUAAGCAGCCCCUAAAAUAUCCCUUUAGAUUACGACACAAACUAAAAAAAACUGAAAAAGUGGAUCCGAAACUAGCUCCAGAUGUUAUGAAGUAUUUGGAAACAUUGCCUUAUUAUGAUAAUAUCAAGGAAACCAUACCUAAAACACUGCUUCGUAAAUACAAAACUCCGGAAAGUAUGUAUUUGAUACAUAAAAACACCGCAACAGAUAUAGCAGAAACACUUAAGGAACAUUUAAAUACCGGUUCACCUGUGGUUGAGGUUAACCCUGGCUUUGGAUUCCUCACUGAAGAACUCCUGAAACAUCGUAUAGAACCUCUUCAUCUGUAUGAAGUCUCAAACAACUUUUCUCCCUUCAUAAUGGAACUACAAAAAAAGUACCCAGAUAAAUUUUCACACAAGGUAGCAGACUUUUUUGGCAUGUGGAAAUUAGCUUUUCAAGAUAAAAUUGACAAUGGAAACAGAAUCAAAGAACUAUUGGGGGAUCUCACAACAGAUGAUAAUGAUAGAAUAUUGAAGAUAGUUGGGGCGAUGCCUGGCAUAUCAUUUGUGAGGCACCUGAUCAACACCAUCAUCUUCCACCACUCUCACAACCAGCUUGGCCGGCCUGACCUAUACAUGGCCAUGCCCGGGGACUACUUUAAUUUCCUCACGGACCAAGGCAUGCAGAAUGUGAAGCACAAGUCACUGCCAGCGAUGUUCCAGCUGCUGUUUGACACUAAAGUCAUCACGAAAAUACCAAAGACAUAUUACCUUCCAUGGAUGCAUCCACCAGAUAAGAAAAAAGCGUCGGUGAUUGACGAAUACUGCCUGUAUUUAGUGAACAUAAAGCAGAAGCAACAACUGCCGUGUUCGAGCGACAACCUGCCUCUGCUGUGGUACUUCUUCAGACCGCACAUGAUCUCCAAGUCAACGCGGAUUAUACCGAUGCUGGAGCAGUGGAUCCCAGGCUGCGGCGUGUGGCUGAUCACGGGGCAGGACCCGGCGGAGUCCCGCGCGGCGCGCGCACCCGGCCCGCACGACGCGCCGCUACCGCACAUCAACAUCUUCACCGAGUUCGGGGACCUCACCUUGCAGCAGAAGCUUACGGUUUUUAAAAAAUUCAUAUCCUGGCCGGAGUUCGACCAGUGUCCGUUCAGAGUGACUAUGGAGAACAACCUGCCCAAGUUCAUAUCGGCCAUCGACCUGGAUGAGAAGGAGACCAUCGCGGGCACGCCCAUAGACGACGAUAUGGAGGCCUCUGACGUGGAGCAAGAGCACUAGGGAACACUAGCUGUUGCCUCUGGCAAGAGUGGAGAUACAUGUGACAGAAAGAGAUAGGGCUAUGGGUAUAGACGUAUAGACCGUUCGGAGUAUGUGUGUAAAUAUUUCAUAUCAAACUAUUUACACGAAGCAGACAGUGCCUAUGGUAAAUAAUAAUGUCGAUUGAUUGUUAUGUACCACUGUUGAAAAUUGAGAAUGGAAGCGUGUAAAAUAUAGAAGAAACACCAUAUAUAUAAUACCGGAUCGAAAAUAAACAGUUUGUUUUUUUAAAGAAUAUCUAGUUUUAUUUCAUUUAUAAUAUUAUGUACAUAAUAACAACAUUAAUAGAUCAUGAAAUGAAUUUAAACAAUAAUACUUAAUAGCAUUCAUCAUUAUGUUAGGUAAUUUUGGUUUCUAAUAAAAAUACCUAUAAUAUUACCUAUUAUUUUACGAAUUUUGAAUAAGAACACACGUACUAUCACUUGCAAGAGAUAGUGAAAUACUGAAACUGAAGUGAAUAAUGAGGCUAUGAAACAAUCUCACCAGGUAACUAUCUCCUUGACUAUGCGAUAUUC